AUGCCAUCCUCACCCAUCCCCCACCUUCGCCAAACAGCUAUCUCAAAGCAGCUCAUCGUCAAAGGCAAACCCUUCCUCAUGUUAGCCGGAGAACUUCAAAACUCAUCCUUCAGCUCGUCAGAAUACAUGCAGGAUGUUUGGACCAAGUUGACUACUAUGAACAUGAAUACAGUACUAGGAUCUGUGUCCUGGGAGCAGAUUGAACCUACAGAGGGAAACUUUGACUUUGAAGCUCUGGAUCAGGUUUUGCUUGAUGCUAGAAAGCAUGGCUUGCAUGUUGUUCUGUUGUGGUUUGGCAGUUUCAAGAAUGGUCUAUCCACGUAUACUCCCCCAUGGGUAAAACAAAAUCCCAAAAGAUUCCCCAGGAUGAAACUGCGAACCGCAGAUGGAAGUCUUGCAACCAGCGAUAUCCUCACAGUCUUUGGCACAGAAGCACGAAAAGCCGAUGCCAAAGCCUUCAAGACACUCAUGCAGCACCUCAAAGACUUUGACGAAGAACACUCUACAGUAAUUAUGGUUCAAGUCGAAAACGAAGUUGGUUGUCUAGGAGACUCCAGAGAUCGCAGCGAAGGUUCUGAAGCAGCGUUUGCAGCUCCAUUACCCGAUGAAUUUCGCGACUUCCUUGGAGGGGACUGGUCAACCUUCACAAAUGCCUUUCGACGUAACCUUGGGGAGCUAAGGCAGUGUUCCCUGAACAAAGACACGACGUGGAAAGAUCUUCCUGGAGAUUCUGCACGCAUUGAUGAGUUAUUCAUGGCUUACCACUACGCAAAAUACCUUGACGAAAUCGCUGCAGUGGGGAAAGCAAUCUAUGCUCUGCCGCUCUACACGAAUGUAUGGCAGAAUGUCAUAGACAGCGAUACAGACUCCAAUACACCACCUAUCGCAGGAGGAGGCUCAGAACCAGGCGACUACCCAUCUGGAGGUGGUGUGAUAGAUGUCCUGGAUAUCUGGCAAGCAUUUGCACCUUCACUCGAUUUUAUCGCUCCGGAUAUUUAUCUCAACGAUUAUGCGACUUCGUGUAGAUUGUAUCGACAUAACAGUCAGCCUUUGUUUAUCCCCGAGCAGAGGCGUGAUGAGUAUGGUGCUUUGCGUAUCUGGACUGCGUUUGGCUCUCACGCAUGCAUAGGAACCUCGCCAUUUGGCUGCGAGACCGUGGAUCCCAUGAACAGUCCUUUUAGGAAGCAUUACGGCUUGUUGAACAAGAUGAGAUAUCAUAUCCUUAGCGCCCAAGCGCAGGAAAACACCAGUAUAGGUUUCUUCUUCGACGAAUUGGCUGCCGAUGGUUCAGACCCUUCACCAAGAAUCACAACCACAUUUGGAGACUGGAACCUGCUGAUAGAAAGAUCUUUCGUAUUCGGCCAUCCCUCCUCCGGCUCAGGCAUGAUCCUCCACACCUCUCGGAACACCUUCCUCCUCAUCGGAUGGGGCUUUCAAGUGACCUUCAAGCACCGCAGCUCCAAAGCCCACUUCAAUGGCAUUCUAAGAUUUGAAGAGAUGGAUGUUGACGACGCGAAGACUGGAUCUUUGCGAAAAGUUCGUCUGUUGAAUGGAGACGAGACGCAGAGUGGCAAGGCUGCGGUUAUGCCGAGUGAGGAGCCUGAUUAUGGGGGUUACCCGAUUAGUAUUACUAUCCCUGCUCGUACUGGUAUAGCCAUGUGUCAGCCGUACGCGCUCUUCGAUGAUUGA